AUGGCGCUGCGACUUACACUUCCCUUACGCCCUCUACGGCCUGCACCAACCUUCGUGCACGAGCGCGACAGUCCAAUGAGUCCAGUUGAAAGCGAGGAUGAGGACGAAAAGGCAAAGAAACCCGGAGCUGCCACCGGAGCAGAGACUACAGCCGACAACAACGAGAGUCUCGUGGACAUGUCCUCACUGAGCAAGGCCCUCCCCACCCAGAAUUAUACCGCCCACUCCAACUUGAAGGGCCUGCCCGGUCUCGAUUUCGACGUCGCCUUCCAUGCCCCGAUCCUCGGCUACCGCUAUUCCGGCCUCAUGGCCAACGUUAUCUUUCCCUUCCAGGAGAAGCGGUUCGAGCCCUCUCAGGGCGGACAAAUGCGUGCUGCUGCUCGCAUCAAGGAGGUGAUGGAUGUCGGCGUCCGAACUUUUGAGGAGAACCCCGAGAUCCUUACCUUGCACGAGGUCUGUGAGCAGACGUUUGGGAACCUUCGAAUGGUUGAGCGGCCCUGGAGAUUCUCCUUCUCCCUCCCAAAGAUUACACACAUCGUCCGCAAGAUCAUUGAGGCGCGCGAGCGUCAUCUCGACAAGAACAAUGGUGUCACUGAGACUGCCUACUUCUUUUUCCCGUUCUUGAAGGCGAUUGACAACUUCCGCGAGAAGGUCUAUAACGUUUUGCAGUACCGACAGCAGGAUGCUGAGGUCAAGAAGAAUGCGAAGCAGUCCCGCGGUCUCAAGCGUUCCCGCGAUGACGACUCCGACACCGAAGAGAUGGCGGCAUCCUUUAAAAAAGCGCGCCAGGAAAAAGAGGAGAACGACAAGCUCGCGGCUUUGCCGCUCGAGGAACAGGUCAAGAUUCUGAAGGCCAAGGAGAAGGACCUGAAGACCAAGCUUCACGAGUACGAGUGUAACUACCGUCAUGAGAGAGAUGCUCGCGCACAAGCGGAUAAGAAGUGGACAUCCUAUGUCAAUCAAAUUUGGGAGGUUGUUCGCCCUGCCAUCAACAGAAAUCUGAAGGCCCAAGACGGAGAGGAUGAGUGGGAGGAGGGCCAUCUGCAAGGGUUCCUGCGCUGGCAUCAUCUUGACGAUGCGGCUAAUGCUUUGCUUGGUAUCGAGCGCGAGGAGCCCUGCUCCCAGUGA